UGUAGAUAGUAGAUGUUUCCUGGUGUGGUACAGGCAAGAAAAUCUGUGCUCAUACCAGAUAUUGACUCCCAAUCUAUAAUGGCCAACAUUGUGGUGAAGACUAUCUGGCAAUCCAAGGAAAUAAAUGAGGCCGGAGACACACCAACAAGUAUUGAAAGUCGGGCCCAGAGCAGCAAGGAUCAGCUUGGAAAGACUACUAGCAUCAAAGGCUUUCCCAAAAAAAAGAAAGCCGUCUCUUUCCAUGGAGUCGAGCCCCAUUUUACCAGUGAAAGUCCCAAUCUGAAUUUGAAGCGUUCUUCUGCUUGCACUAAUGUUUCUCUUCUGAAUCUAACUGAUGGGGAACGUGAUGAUUCCACCACGGAGAAUGAAUCAACAGAUGAUGGAGGCUUACCAGGGGGAGCAGGAGGCGAAAGACGGGAUCCUCUAUUUCCCAUCAAGCCAGCUUGGUCAGAAGAUGAAGAUGAUACUUCCAGCCAGCAGGAAGUGAGCAAUAGUGGCCUUUUGCGAGCCAAGGACUCCAUUACCAGUCUCAAGGAGAGGACAUCUAAGGUCAACCACCAUCUUCAGAAUCUGCAGGAAAGCUGUCGAAAGGUGACAAAAUCUGUGGAGGAUGCUGAAAUUAAGACCAGCGUGCUGGAAGAAAAUUCAGCCCUCUUGGAGGAGAAACUGCGUAAUUUGCAGCAACAAGUUCAAGUAGAAGACUUUCGUUGGAAAUGUAUGCUGGAGCUGGCCCAGAAGGAGGCAUUGCGGCUGCUGGCCCAGCUGGGGGUGCGCUUGGAAGGGGUUCUUCCCCAGCAGGAAAGGACACAGGUGGAACAAGGCCAGGAGCUCAGAAUGCUGCGGGAGGAACUGGAUGAAGUCUCUACCACGGCAAAACGGACUUCAGUGUCUCUCACUCAGCUUCGGUCAGACCUGGAUGGACUCCUGGAAGACAUAUCCCGACAUCUUGCAACACUGAAGAAUAUGGAAGCAUCCGACCGGCCUCCUAAUUGUGCUAGAUGUUCCAGCUACAGCAUUGUGAAUACAGAGGUCCUGCGAAAGAUGUUUGAACAUGCAGUGGCACCCAUUUUGGAGGAGCUGAAGCAGCGGGCCCAAUCAGAAGGCAUAUGCCCCAGCUGCCAGCGUUUGCAGAAGACGAUGACACAGUGAGGCACAGAGUAGACUAACCCCAGACCCUCCUGCCCCUAAUAAAAUGUUUCCAGAGUGCA